AUGGCCGCCACGCGUGCUCGCAAGGAUCCACUUCGCCGAAUCGGUAAUGGCAACGCUGUCGCCGGCGGUCUUGACAUGACGCGCGUCGGCAUCCUUAGCGACCGCGAACUCGCGUUUUUCCAUCGUCUUGCCUACGCCGGGUCACAGGCCGCGGAGCAGCAGCAGCGCGACGCCCGGAAGCAGGAAGAAGACCGUCGGCGCGAGCUGUCCAAGGCUCGAGCGGCUGGCUGGCCCAACACGAUCGAGGCACGCCAUGAUCGAUUUCUCCAGGCGCAGCAAGACGCCAAGGAUGCCACAGAGGCUCGUCAGAGAGUGCUGGACGAGCUCUACGCCGAACAACUCAAGGAGGAGCACAAAGCUAUCAUUGCGCGCCAAGAACUGGAAGCGCUCAAGGAAGACCCGCGCGGACGCCAUCUGCGCUCGAUGAAAAUGCUUCACGAAGCACUCAAGGGUCGCGAGGAGCAGGUCGCCUACAAGCAAAUGCUCAAGCGCGAGGAGGAGGAGCAAGACGCGAACUUUCAGCGCGAGUGCCAGCUGCAGCUGUGGGGCGAUCAGGCCGAGAAGCUGCACAAGAAGCUCGAAACACGCCAACGCAACAUGGAAGAAAAGAACGCCAAUUUAGAAAUUGUACUCUACCAAAUCAAUCAACGACGAGAGGAGCGGGCGGCUCAGCUGCAGGACCGCAAGCGCGUCGAUCAAGAGGCCGCCGAGGAGCGCGCCGAGCAGCUGGAAGAAGAAGCGCAGCGUCGGGCACGAGAUGUUGAGAACGGCGCCUACAACGAGGCGCACAGGCGCGCCGCACUGACCAAAUCGCAGAAGCUGCGGACUCGUGUGACCGAAAAUGCUAAGGACGAGGCUGCACUGCGGGCCGAGGAGGAGAAGGUGGAUAGCCUCAAGCGCUGGGUUCUCGAACACCAGGAGAAGAAGCAGGCGGCGUUCGAAGAGCGCAAGAAGGCAGGCUUGCAGCGGUACCUGGACGAGGCAAGGCCGGAGAACCUGCCAAUCUAUCGCACCCAGGAUGUGUUUGAGCAGAAGGGGCAGAGCUUCCUGCAGAGGCUGUACGACAGUGACGCGAAUCAGAAGGAGAAGCAGCACAUCCACCGCCUCGAGAUGGAGAAGGAGCGGCUAGAGUUAGAGGAACAGAAGGCUGCAGAGGCACGCGGUGAUGUUGGUAGCGGCGACGGCGUCAACGGGGAAAGCUUGCGACGCCACGGCGCUGCCACGACUGCGGCCGGCUUCCUGAACAAGGCCGAGGAAAAAGCGUACAUGGAGGAGAUGCGUCGCUACCCGGAGCAGCUGAGGGCAAAGGAGGCCGAGGAAGCCGCCGCCCGUCGCGCCGAGGCGUUGCGCAUAGAGCGCAUUCAGAAGCUGCAGGCCGCCGAGAAGCGCGAGAACGUGCACCGCGCUGUUGAGGCACGUCGUUUCGAGUUUCAGCAGCAGCAGGCCCAGCAGGAGGCGGACGAUGCACGGUAUCGGGCCUACAUCGACUCCGUGGUACCGGCAGACAUGGACCCCUUCCUGUAUCGCAAAGCCACUCAGCUGCAGUGA